AGUCUUCUUAUGGCUUUUGAAUUGUAAAGACGUGCUGGCGGAUAGUUGACGAAUUUGAUAUUUUAAUUUUGUCCGAGCCAGAAAUUAAAAUAAUUAUUUAUUAUGGAAAAAACAAGAAACCAACACAGAACAUAGUGAAAUAAAGUUUGUGCUUAAUAUAAAUAUAAAAAAAGUGACAUAAAAGCAAAAAGCUAUUCAAUCAAUUAAAUACAAAUUGAUACAAAUUAUUGUAUUACAAAAAAAAAAAAUUUUUUUUGCGCCAUAUUAAAUUUUUAAUACGGAAAAAAAAUUUUACUCACUUUAAGAAUUUAAAAGAAGAAAAAAUUGUUUUUGUGCAAAAAAAAAAUUACUAUUUAAUAAUCGACAAUAUGACCGCACAUAGUAUGGAACCGCGUUGUCAGAUUGUUCCCUUAAUGGGUUUAGUGCGUAAUAGUAGCCGUAUGAGUCUGCCCAUUGCUACGGCGGAAUCUGAACCUUCACCGCCGCCACCCCCACCGCCGGAGGCUGUAAGUCGUGUAAGGCGUGUUCUCUUCGAUAAACCUGAACCUGGUGAUAUUAGCAGUAUGCUGCAGAAAGAGUACAACAAACAGAUUUUGAAUUUUCAACGAAAGUAUAGUUUCGAUGUGCCAAAUCCAAAUCCAAAUUUAUUGGAGGAAAAUGAAAAUCAAAGUUCGCAAGCGUCACAGCAGAGGGCAACAGCGCGUUUCCCUACGCUCAUUGAACGUGAAAUGCAAGAACACGAACGUCGCUUACAGAGUGAAAAGUGCAAUUUGAAUAGAACCGCUGGAGAUGAGUCGGAACAAAUAUCACAACUAUUGGAGCAUAAGUGCAGUGAUAGUAUCAGGCACAAUAAAAAUCCAUCGUACGCGCAUCAUAGGACAGUGAAUGGAGCUGGAAUAAAGAAAAUACCUGCUGCUGCUGAUGUGAAUGGUCAAGCGAAUAAUGAGCGCGCCAAACCAUAUACACGACAAAAAUCAAUCACAGAGUAUUUUAACACACGCAAAACAGCGAACAACUGCAAAUUGUCACAUCUUCCGAUUGAAGUAUUAGAAUUAGCAGAACCUCUGCAAACGGUGGUCUCUUCGUGUCAGCAACCUUUGACUGGAAUAUCGUCUACGACAAAAACUGAUGAAGCAACAACAACAACAACAACAAUAAUAAACACAACUACUGCUACAUCAACAGCGUCCUCUCCACCACCACCCCCCUUAUUGUUGUCGGUGUCAAUAUCGACAUCGCCGUUGCCAUCAACUGAUAUUUAGAAACUAAAUAAAAUACAGAAACAAAAAACAACAA